UCAUCCAAUUGUAGACUCAUCAAAGUCCCAGGCCAAGAAACCCGCUGUCCAUCAGCAAUUCGACGACUCUGACUUUCUGAACCUGCCCUGGAACGGCCAGGAUGUCAAUAUCCUGGUCAUGGGAGAGACCGGUGUCGGCAAGUCGACCCUCAUCAACGCCGUCGCCAACUACGUCAGUUUCAAAUCUCUGGAAGAAGCCUGUGCCUCCUCUGAGAUUGUGGCCCUCGUGCCAACAAAGUUUGUUCUCUACGACCCCGAAACAUGCAAGCCGACCGAGAUCAAGACCGACGAUAAAUCCUUGAAGGUGCCUGCUCACGCCGCGCACGCCAACGAAGUCUACAAGCAAGGACAGUCGACAACGCAGCAUCCCCAGUCGUACGUGUUCAGUGUAUACGACGAAGACAACCUGCCAACCAAAAUCAGGAUCAUCGACACCCCAGGCAUGGGCGACUCGCGAGGCGUCGAGACUGACAGACUCAACAUGCAAAACAUCAUCCGAUGCGUCACCCGCGUCGGCAAGAUCCAUAUGCUAGUCAUUGCGCUGCCCACAAACCAGAGCCGACUCACGGUCUGGUUCAGAUUCUGCAUCAUGGAGCUGUUCAAGUACCUGGACCGUGGCACCGUGGAGAACAUUGCGUUCUUGUUCACCAAGGCCCGGUCGACAGCCUUCCGAGUGGGCGACACCAUUCCAAACAUGAGACAGCUGUUUGACCAGAUCAAGUCCCAGUCAGGCGUGGACAUCCACCUGGACGACACCAACAGCUUCAUCAUCGACAACGAGGCAUAUCGCUAUCUCCUCGCCAAGGACAAGGUCGAGUUCUCUGAAGGCGAGGUUCUCCAGUUUGACGAUUCGUGGCACAGAUCCUCGAUCGCAUGCCGCAAAAUGGUCAGGGUCGCCCGGGGACGAAGCCCAAAGGACUUCAGGGUGACUGCCCAGCUCGAGGCCCUGAGGACGUACAUUGACAGGGAAAUCCAGAGCCUGGUCGCCUCCGAGGGCACCGAAGAGUCGCUGAACAAGCAGAUCAAGGAGCACGAGGAUGGCAUUCGUGCCGUUGAGCACACAAUCAGUUAUCUGAAAAGACAGAACAACGGACGGCUCGAAAUGACGGCAGAGUUUUAUCCCGAGGGCACCUUGGUUUGCAACCACAUCGACUGCACGGACUUUAGGGUGCUCCCAAGCGGACAGUAUGUGAUCAAACCGGAGGCUCAUCCAGCCUCGCCGCCUGCAUCGAAGACUCGUACUUUGAACACAAAGCCGACUCCAUGCUCGCAUGGAAAGAACUUUCUGGAGAAGAAGUAUAUCAAGUGGCGCACCCACGUUGUCGAAGAAGACACCCUGAGCGAAAACAUUCAGUCUGCCAUCAGCGUCCAGCAGACAUUCAUCGACCAACACCGCAGCGCAAUCGCGGCUCUCAAAACUCAAAUCGAGCAGAUUCGAACGCACCGAUCACAGUCGCUCCAGCUGCUUGCGCUGAGCAAUCAAUGCCUGCACCAGCACAGCGUCGUGGUCAGAAACGAGACCUUCCUGGACGUCGACGACUUCCAGGUGAUCCAGCAGCAGGCCGUCGAGAACGGCGUGGUCAAUCUCGCAAAGCAAAAGAAGCUCGAGUCCGUCCGCGAUGCCUACAAGAGGGAACAGCAGUACCUGUCGCAGUCGCCGGAGCAUCAAGCCAAUCCGCAGACUCUGGACGAAGUGCUUGGACUGCUCAAAGCCAGCAGUGGAGAAACAGAGCUAGACCUUGACAAAGCCGUCCAAGAUUUCCAGAAGGAAAUGGCAGAGUUUGACUGGGAGGCCAAGCCGACUCCUAAAUCUAAGCCAGCCACAGCCCCUGUCAAUGAGAGCGGAGAUCUCCACGACGAUGCUAUCAAUACUUUGCCUCAUAAAAUACAACCGUCGGAAGCCGGAUCGAAGGUCGAUGUUUUCUCCAAAUCGACAGCCGCUCAGACACCACAAAACAUUGCAGACGAUGGCAUUAAAGUUGACGACGCUUCUAAAGAAGCUCUCCCUGUCAAUACAAGCGAUGCAACGCAACCUGGCGCGGCUGAAGAUGCCGGCCCCACCCCUGACAGCCAACAAGAAACCAUCGCAUGUCCUGCCCCGGAUGAAUCGACCGUAUCUGAUAGCAAUCCCACCGACUCAAACGAUUUCGAACCUCGUGUGAGCAAAUCUGAUAGCAAUCCGGAACCACAGCCGAUCACUCCGGCCCAAGGAACGAAAUUCGUUAAGGUUCCAACCCAAUCCGAUUCAACUGCGUCGCCAACGAACCACCAUCAAGAUGAAGAGUCCGAUGCAAUCUCCGAGAGCCAUGAUCCCAUGCAGACCGCCGAUGCAACGAAUGCCUCUCAAGUCCAAACGCCUCAUGAUAAUGAUUGCAGCUCCAAAACCGCCGCCUCUCAGAUAGCUGCCCCGACCACGAAUCCAUCCUCGGCCGAGACACCAACUCCCCCGCAAGUUCAAGUGAAAGACGCAGCUGAGCAGGCGAAAGUGACUGAGGAUUCAGCCCAGCAAACAGGUGCAACCUACGCCAAUAAUGCACCAACCCAUCGCGACAGUAUUGCUUCUGAAGAGUGUCACGGAGCAGAAACCCACAAUGCGCCUCAAGUCAACGAUGAUAUUGCUUCCACCAUUGAUCAAGUUGCAUCUAUUCCGAAGCUCCAGGAGCAAGUUGUCUAUGUCUCUGAUAGUAGCAUCUCGCAGACUGUCCCAAGUGAUUGAGAUUGCUCGCACAGACCUGUUGUUUUGUUGUCCCCGGAUUAACCACGUUGGGUCUCAGCUGUUGGAUUCGUAUUCUGCUUGCCACUGAAUAAACUCGUCGGAUCGUAUCCAAGCGCUUCUCAUUUCGAUCAGCCCCAUCACGAGCACUUGCUUUGGUCUGUUUCAUUUUCAAUUGCGCAUCCGUGGGGACAAUCAGCCAUGGUGCGACCUGAUCUAGAAAUACAAGAUGCACCCCAAAGUCGCGCUCGAUCAUUUCGCCUGGGCUCGGACUCCCUUGGC